AUGAUGGAGGAGCAGGAGGACCUGAAGAACAGGAUGCCCACGGAGAGGAAAUCUGUGUGGAGGACGCCUGAGGAGCGGCGCAUGUCCGACCUGACGCGGGUGCUGGAGUGGCUGGAGCGGAGGCAGGGGAAGAAGAGGCAGGAGGUGGGUACGGCGGGGGAAUGGUGGGGGCACUCCCUGGAGGACUGGGGCGAGCUGAGCCAGAUCAGCUGCAAUAGGGAAGAGAACGGCUCCCUGCUGGGCCAGGGCUGUGUGCCCAGGGCCCAGGGCAGCAUGAUAAUCAUUAUCCUGCUCAUUGUUAAGGCUAUGAAGCACAUCCCACUGCCCGGUGAGUCCACUGCCCACUCUCCACCCAGUAUCCGCACUGCCCACUGGUCUGGGAAGACUGGUUCUAAAGCGAAGACCUUCCUUGAUGCCACAUCCUCCCACCCCAAGCCAGACCAUUCAGUGCCACAUGGAAAGCAAGGAUUACUUUCCCGGAGCAAGCCCCCCACCAAAGUCCCAAAGAAGGAAGAGGAGCAUCUUGCCCUUCCCCCGAAGUCCUACAUGCUGGAAGGGAAGAAGAGACGCCUGAGCUCCAUCUCCGGCAUCAAUGUCAAGGAACCUCCCCGGAAAUCAGAGCUGGACAUCAAGGACGUGAUUGCACUGGAGACCAACCAGCGGCCCUUCCGCCAGCAGAGCAUAGUGGAGCCCAUGCUGCAGGAUAUUCUCUUUUCCCAGCGGAGAUCGACCCUCUUUAGAGAGUGGGCAGGCAAGACCUCGGAGGCACUGUACGAACGCAGACUGAAGAGCCUCAUCGAGAAGACCCCGGAGCCCAAGGCAGAAGCAUCGAAAAUGCUGAGGCCGGAGGAGGUGCUGAGCUGCCGGUACCUGCGACUGUCCAAGAACAACGUGCGCACCCUGCUCAAGCUCUGCAAGGACGCGGGCAUGAACGUGGACAUCCACCCCCACAUGGUGGAGGGGGAGAUUGACGGACGCAAGGUGUUCGGCCACAACCAAAGCAUCACACUCUGA